AUGCGUCUUGCGCCUUUGUGUCUGGAAUCCUGCAUUGGCGCUUACAAGACAAAAAUGAUUGGCGUCAAAGUUUUUGAGUUGCAUACCGGCCCGCGCACGGUGGAGCGAGUGCAGCUUGAGAAGAAGGGCACGCUCGCCGCCCAGCUUUCCACACUUUCGGUGGCGAUUGGCAAGCCGAUAGGAAUAUCUUCUGCUGCGUUCCACACAGUGAGAGGAAAUGCCAUUGACAAGGAACCGCUUGCCACGGAUGUGCCUUUGGAUACCAUUGGAAUCACAGACGAUAGUUUUCUUGUCAUUUGGUUAAAAAAAACAAAUAUGACGCCUCAAGAUGAGCCACAAAAGGAGGUGCAAGGGUCAGAUGUAGAUGGCUGCGCAUUUUCGCAUGUUGUAUCAAAUGCUCCCAUGAGUGAGACGCCCUUGCCGGGGAUGGGUUUAGUGAGCGCACGCACACUGACAGGUCCGAUGGAAGAAGCUACGACUUCCAUCACACCACCCGCUGUCACCUCACAGCCUGUACUAACCGGGACUGCCAGCACGGACGGAGCCAAUAGCGAGUGGGUGCUUUUGCUUCUGCGUGAGGUGGAAAAUGCGAAGCAAAAGAUGGACUUUUUCUGGGAGAGGUGUACAGCUGAGCUGGAGCGUGACAACUCUACGUUGGAAAAGGAGCAUCUCCUGACGGUACUGGGAUCCAUAACAAGACUGACAGAGCAACAGCAGGUUGUGGAAAUUGCAAUAGCAUCGCUGCAAGAGCAGACAGGGAAUCGAGUCCGGGUGGCAUCGGUGCUUGUUUCAAUUUGUGAGGUUUAUGCGAAUAUAUUGAAGGAGUUGGCAGCGACGCGUCAGCAGGAGCGUACAGGUGUGCAGGAUAAUGUUGCAGCAAUCAUGCAGCUUCAAGGGAAAAUUCAGGAGAAUGUCCGCUCUCUGUUACCUGCAACCCCUUCGAAGGCGUCUAUUCAACGCCCCGUAGCCGCUGCAAGCUACGUGAAGGAGGCCUCCCGUCUUUCAGCUUCUUCCUAUACAAUUUCAAAGGAGGAAUAUGCCUUGCAUGAGAGUUUGCUUCAGCAAUUUUUUUCUGCUGUGGGACAUGUCACAGUUACGGGAAGUGAGUUGUUGACUCACUUCGAUAAUCUUGGCGAUCUUUACGCCGCUGUAUCAGUACGGUACAACUUGCAGCAUAGCCUUAUGCAAGAGGCGGUGCGGAGGUGUUUGCAGUUGCAUCUACCACCUUUGGCUCCUGCGACACCCAUUGUUUGUUACCUGCACAAUGGUCGGGAGGUGGAGUACGUGGAAACUAUUGUACUCCACUCGCUUGGCUUGAAUUUGCGUCCGCCGCACUUGUGGAUUGAGGUUGCACUUCCUCCUGAUGUAGAGAAUUGCUGCCGCACGUACUACUAUUCUUCACUGGUAGGCCUCAGUCAACGUGAGAAGCCAACAUGUUUGCAGUCGGUGCAGAGGGACGUAUGCCGCUUUUCUGAGCUAAAGAGUGUUUGCCCCCGACUCAGUCUACGUAAUCCGCAAUGGAUGGAACACGAUAACCACACACAUGCAAGGCUGCGUCGAAGCAAACUCGCAGCCGCCCUCCUCUCCCGUCGACCGGAUCUUCUAGUAAACAUGGAUGCCGUCCUAGGGUCGUACACGGGAAGGGAAGAGACACUCUGGAAGUUGCUUACUGCGGGAGUUGAUAGCUAG